AUGCUUUGGAAUUUGUCUUGGGAUUUUUUUCAUAACUAUUUACAAAGUCAGGAUAUUACUCAUCAGACCUUGUACUUGCACACCUCAACAAAUGGGUGGUUGAGCGCGAUAAUAGGCAUCCAGUUUGCCGACAAUACCCUUAUCCUUUCCGAAGCUUCCUCGGUCUUCAUUGACAACCUGUGCACAGCGUUACGCUGCUUCGAGGCCGUCUCAGGUCUGAGAAUCAACCUGGCUAAGUCAAAGCUGUUUGGAGUCAACCUGUCGGAAGCUGAAAUAUCCAACUAUGCAGACACCCUCGGCUGUCCUUCGGCUUCCUUCCCUUCUUUCGUGGGGCUCCCCCUUGCUAUAGGCCCUCCCACGAAAUCGAUGUGGGAUAAAAUAGUUGGUAAAUUUCAGAAAUACCUCGCCAGAUGGAAGUGCCGUUACCUAUUGUUGGGAGGCCGUCUAACCCUCAUCAAGGCAGACCUGUCCAACCUCCCUUUAUACUACAUGUCCCUGUUCAGAUGCCCCUCUUCUGUGCUCCUGUCCAUUGAUAAGCUAAGACGCGACUUCUUGUGGUGCGGGAAGGAAAAUCAGAAGAAGCUACACCUUUUAGACUGGAAAGAGGUCUGCAAACACUUCCAAGAGGGAGGAGCUAGUGUCAAAAUUUUGAAAAUUAUGAACCAGGCCCUUCUCGGUGGGUGGUGGACAAAAGAUUCCUCAGCCUACAGGGCUUCUUUCCUAUGGAAGGGGAUCCUUGGUCAAAACAGGCUGUCCUUGAGAGUAUCAGCUAUGAGCUAG